AUGGGAGCUGGGGGCCUUUGGAACGCGGAGGUGCAGGACCCUGGUACCUUUGACGGUCUCAUUCUAUUUGAGCCUGUGUAUGGUGAGGAUGAUCCAGUAGUGACUGACCAGGUCACAAGCUUUUUGGUCGGUGAUAAUGCUACGGGGAAGAUGGUGUUGGUGUGCCAUUCACGCAUUGUAGCUCCUUUGUAUUGUCAUGAAUAUCUUCGAUUCACAGAUCACGAAAUUCAGCAGCCGAAGUGUACUGUUCGCUUCCACAGAGCAGAGCGCUCGAACAUGUUCUUCACGCCGCAUUUUGAGCACACGGUGAAGCUGCGCAGCGACAUCUACUCGAUUGGAGAGCCUAUGAAAAACUGCACGCACUUAAUGGUGCCCGAGGACCCCGAAUCAACAGCAAACAGGAUUGUCAAGGACCUAGCAAAGAUUGCUCCGUUCCGCAAGAACACGCCGAAGUAA